AUGAAAAGAAAGUGGAUGGUAAAUAGUGCCAUUACUCGAGAAGAGCAUUCUAUCAUCUAUUUCAUAGAUCCGACAGAGCAGAAUGCUCCACUUCUUGAAUCAAUACAUCGAGGUGAAUUUAUAGCAUUAUAUGGAUCACGAGCCUCUGGGAAGACUACACGAGUGCUCCAACUUCAGGACCAGUUAAAUAGCAAGACUUUGUUUGCAUCUAAGAAUGUAAUCAAACUUCGACCUUCACUUUCUGUUGUGUUAUCAUUUCCCUUGUAUAGUGCAACUUUUGAACAUGUCAGCAUGAAUAAUGUAGACCUUUUCUGGCAAACACUCGGCAUGACACUUCAACAUAACGCACCCGAACUUUUUGGUCCUCUAAAAAGCCUACAAAUCAAAUCCGCAAAUGAUUUUCUUAACACUUUUCAUAGAACUCAAUGGAAGUCUUUAGAUACUGUCAUCCUGUUUGAUGAGUUUGAUAUGUUGUAUAAUGCAACGGAAGACGUUCUUGCCUCGUGUUUACACUUGAGCUACGACUCAUGGCAACGUUUUGCCACCUUCUUACUAGAAAAUAUGAUUUUAGAAUACCCAACGUUUAUGAGAAUGAAAGAUGUCCUUUUGAAUGAGAAUUCUGUGGAUGCUAUGAAACUAUUCCGAUCCGAUUUUCUGGCGAAUUUUGACUCUGUACUUGUCACUGAAAACAAAAGAAACCUAGCUUGGUUUCUCACAGCAGCAGGAGUCCUUGUCCCUGGGGAUAAUGAUGGAACAUUUAAAAUUUCUUCACCUUUACAAGUAAUUCCUCAUGUAUUUCUGACUUCACCUAAAGUAGAUGUCCCAUACCAUCCUUCGACAGGUACCUUAGACAUCUUUGAGGUCUUAAAACAAGUUAUACGUGUAUUUGAUCGCGAAACAAUAAAAUCCUGUAACUCUUUUAAGUUAGCGCGUGUACUUGUUAGCAAUUCGUAUGAUCGAAAAGUUCCUAGGGAAUCGGUGUAUGAUGCAGAACUUUACCGAAUCAUGUCAAAUUGGCUUGGUAGAUUUACAAUAACGGGACAAUGGCAUCUAAAAUAUCGUGCUAGUGAGCAUAUAAGUAAUAAGUAUGUCGACAUAGUUAUAUCACAACCUGAUCAUCCAACAAUUGCUCUUGAACUUUUAGCUACAGCAACAAAAAAAGAGCUUAAGGAACACUAUGAACGGGCACUCCUAUGUGACAAGAAACUACCUGCAGAUGAAACAUGGAUUGUUCAUUUCACCUGUUGUGAAGACGCCAUUUCAGAGCCAUAUUGGCCAACCGAAUCUCAAUUGCAAAAGGGUCUUCAAGCAUGUUACUGA